AUGCCUGAGGAAGGUAAUCAAAGAACAAGUGAUCCUUCUACCAACAGGGAAUCUGUUGAGUUGGUAUCCCACAUUGAGGAGAUGAAGCUAGAUACCACCACGCAUAUGGAUGCAAGUUCUAGUGGUUAUUCUGGAUUUCUUGAGCCAGAUGAUGUUUCCAUUGAAUGUAUUGAAAUCUCAGUUGCUCCAUUACACCAAUUUGGCCGAAGGUCAUCUAUCCAGCACAGAGAUUGCCCACUACAGCUUUGUUGUGCAGGCUUGAAAGUACAGUUUGGUGUCAGUACAAAGUUUCUUGAUAACGCAGGGCGGCCAAAGAUGAGCAUAGUGGUUGAGAUCCCUGAGAGUCUCAGUAAAGUUUUGGAAUUCUGCGAUGAUCUUGCUAGGAAGUUAUCCCAGGAAUCUGGUAGCAGUUCUGAAUGGAGACCCCUGAUUAAGAAGUAUGGAUACGUUAAUCGUCCGACUGUCCGCCUUAACAUCCCUACUAUUGCAAACAGCGAUGCUACGGCCUACUCAACUGAUAUAUGCCAGAAAGAGCCUAGUGGCAGCAUCCAGGAACUUGAUUUCAGCAAUGUAGCCACCACAGAAUUGGACUCCCUGUUUGUUAAAGGGUGCAAGGUGGACGCAUUCUUCUCACCGGAGCUAUACGAUUACCAGCAAAAUGCUGGCAUUCGGCUGGUUGCAAAGAGGCUGGUUGUACACUCGAAUUAG